ACCAGGAAGGAGCUGGCGCAUGUUAGAUUCGUUCUCAGUUCGGCGUGAAUGUGUGUGAGGUGAGGACCGUUACGGAGGUCUUGAACUUGAAUGACCUAGGAUUUUGGUUCAGUUUGUUGAUAUAUAUAUAUAUAAAAAAGGAGUGAAACAGAGACUAUCACAGGCUGUCAUCGUUUGAGUGACCCGCAGGUGUACCAAUUCCACCUUUACAGCUGGUUCAGGAUUAUGAUAUUCUUGCAGUAUUUCGUGCAUUUAUUAUUCAAUUAAGAAAUUAUGGAUUCCAGUAAAAAAUAUGACAAUGUCAGUCCGGAAGUCUCUUCCGGUUUCCUGUCGAAAUUAUUAUUUUGUUGGAUUCUUCCAUUUUUCAAAAUUGGUCUCAAACGAAAUUUAGAAGUGAAAGACCUUUUCAAUACAACACGAGCAGAUUUAUCUGAACAAUUAGGAAAUAUUUUAGAAAGAAAUUGGGAUAAUGAGCUGAAACGAGCCAAAGAAGACAAGAAGCGUCCAUCGCUGAUGCGAGCAUUAUCAAAAACUUUUAUACGUCAUUACGCCGUCUACGGUGUAAUUAUUUUUAUAGAAAGUAUUAUACUUAAGUUAAUCCAUCCACUUGUAUUAGCAGAAUUGAUCAAAUAUUUCGAACCCAACACAAUUUAUACCAAUCUACAUGGAUGGCUCUUCGCAGCUGGUGUUGUGUUUAUAAGUUUCUUGAACAUCUUAAUCAUGCAUCAAGCUGGAUUAGGUUGUUAUCGAAUUGGAAUGAGGUGCAGAAUCGCCAGUUGCUCGAUCAUCUACAGAAAGCUUUUGAGGUUGAAUAAAACUUCGUUGAGCCAGACUGCCGCCGGCCAAGUCAUUAAUCUGAUGUCGAACGACGUGCAGCGAUUCGAAAUGGUCGCGAUCUUCCUGCAUUACAUUUGGAUCAUGCCGAUCCAAGCCGUCGUCGCCGGAAUUAUAAUGUAUAAAGGCGUCGGAUAUGCUGCGGUUAUUGGUAUUUUAAGUAUAGCUCUACAGGCUAUACCCCUUCAAGGAUACCUUUCCAGGCUUCAGGGGAAAUACAGAUCGCAAAUAGCCACUAGAACAGAUCACAGGGUAAAAUUAAUGUCGGAAAUCACAGCCGGCAUUCAAGUAAUUAAAAUGUACGCGUGGGAAAAACCUUUUGAGAAAGUUGUUCAAUUGGCGAGGAAAUUGGAAAUCGAUGUAAUAACAAAGAAGUCUUACAUAUUGGGAUUUAUGACGGCUUUAAUGGUAUUUACCGAACGCACGAGUUUGUACUUAAUGGUUGUCAUUUAUGCUCUAACCGGGAACUCUUUAACGAGUGACCUGGUCUUCUCCAACGCACAAUUCUUCAAUACAAUACAACUCUAUAUGGCGAUUUUCUUCCCAUUAGCUAUUGCUACUUACUCCGAAGCCAAAGUAUCGAUAAAGCGCAUAGAAGACUUCCUGUUGCUCGCAGAAAAUCCAAGGCAUUACGUAAUUAGCGAAGUGUCUGUUGAGAAAGGCUGCAUUAAAAUUAGCAAAGGAAAGGCAAGCUGGAUUCCGAAUCCGAUAAUCGAUACCUUAACUAAUAUCAAUUUAGAAAUCAAGCCGGGAACUCUGUGUGCUGUUGUCGGUUCGGUUGGUGCUGGUAAAAGUUCCUUAUUGCAACUCUUGCUAAAAGAAUUGCCAUUAUCUAGCGGAAAGCUAGAUAUUGCCGGAAACGUGUCUUAUGCUUCUCAGGAACCUUGGUUGUUUGUUUCAUCUGUGAAGAAUAACAUUUUGUUCGGACAACCUUUCACGAAAACCAAGUACAAGGAAAUAGUGAAAGUAUGUGCCUUAGAAACUGAUUUCCAGCAGUUUCCCUACGGUGAUAAAACUCUAGUCGGAGAACGAGGAGUUUCCUUGAGCGGCGGACAAAGGGCACGAAUCAAUUUAGCUAGAGCAGUUUACAGAGAUGCGGAUAUAUAUUUAUUCGAUGAUCCUCUAUCUGCUGUUGAUACGCAUGUCGGCAAACACUUAUUCGAGGAAUGCAUUGUUAAGUAUCUGGAGAACAAGACCAGGCUUCUAGUCACACAUCAAUUGCAAUUCCUCAAGAAAGCCGAUCAAAUUAUAAUUAUCAAUAACGGACAAAUUACUAAGGUGGGAACAUACGAAGAGUUGGCUGAAAAUGAAUUAGCUCACUUAGAACGUGAGUCGUCCACGGAAGAAACCAAUGAAAAUCCAAAAGAACGCAAAAGGUUGAUGUCCAUCACUUCGGAAGCGAGCACAGUUGAAGAUGAGGAACACGAAGAACCACAAGAAACGCAGGAAUUAAUGGAGAAAGGCUCGAUUCCCACGUCCACUUAUUGGCAAUACUUCAGAGCUGGUGCAAACGUUCUCGCUCUCUUUGUGUUAGCUUUUCUGAUCAUUAUAGCUCAAAUGUUUUGCAACUGGAGCGAUUUAUGGCUUCGAUAUUGGACAACUGAAGAAGAAGUUUUGUGUGCUAAACAAUAUAAUAGCAAAAACGACUCAUCUAUUUACACAACUACGGAAUUUUACAUGAACGAAACAGAAACUGAAAUUAGUACAAAUGCAUUCCCUAUAAAUGAUACAGUAUAUGAAGAAGGCAGUUGCGAUUUCGGUAAUUUCCCUAGGAAAAACUAUAUUUUGAUAUAUUCGGUUUUAAUAUUGCUGACCGUUGUUUUAACAAUUGUGCGUUCUUUGGCAUUUUACAAAGUUUGUAUGAACUCUUCGAAAUCGUUGCACAACAACAUGUUUGGCAAUAUCCUAGAAGCAACUAUGAGGUUCUUUGAUACAAAUCCAUCUGGAAGAAUUUUGAAUAGGUUUUCUAAGGAUAUUGGAGCAGUUGAUGAGAUACUUCCUAGAUGCAUGCUUGAUUCCAUCCAGAUUUUCAUGGUAAUGUUUGGUAUUUUAAUCAUGGUCUUCAUCGUAUCUCCCAUUAUGAUAUUACCAACAAUCGUUUUGGCUGCUCUGUUCGUUGGAAUUCGAUAUGUUUACAUGUCGACGGCUCAAGAUUUAAAACGUUUGGAGGGAAUAACUCGAGCACCAGUGUUUUCUCAUGUAUCAGCAUCUCUAUCCGGAUUAACAACAAUCAGGAGUUCUGGUGCACAAUACAUAAUAACAAAAGAAUUCGAUGCUCUCCAAGACCAACACACCGCAUCUUUCGUCAUGAUGAUUGUUGCCAGUGAAACGUUUGGUUUCUACUUGGAUUUAAUAAGUGUACUUUUCGUCGGAAUUGUUACAUUCCAAUUCUUCGCCUACGACGAAUCUUCGGUCGUUGGUGGUGACGUGGGUUUGGUUUUAUCGCAAUCAUUAAUUUUAACUGGAAUGCUUCAACACGGUAUGAGGCAAACUACAGAAGUGGCCAACAACAUGACAAGUGUAGAAAGGGUUUUGCAAUAUACCAAGUUGGAUAAGGAAGGACCGUUCGAGUCUGUGAAGAAACCGCAUCGCGAUUGGCCUGAGAAGGGGGCGAUUAUUUUCAAGAAUCUCUUUUUACAGUAUGCUCCUAGUGAACCUCCAGUUUUAAAGAAUUUGAACGUUGAAAUUCUUCCUGGCGAUAAAGUCGGCAUUGUAGGACGAACUGGAGCUGGAAAAUCCUCUUUGAUUUCAGCAAUUUUCCGUUUGGCGCCAAUCGAAGGUUCAAUUACAAUAGACGAAGUUGAUACAAAAGAAAUCGGCCUAAACGAUUUACGAAGCAAUAUUUCUAUUAUACCCCAAGAGCCAGUUUUAUUCUCUACAACUGUCCGAAAUAAUUUGGAUCCAUUUGAUAAAUGCAACGAUGAUACGUUAUGGAAGGCAUUAGAGAAUGUCGAAUUGAAAGACAAUAUUGAUAAGUUAGAACAAGAGGUUAACGAGGGAGGAUCGAAUUUCAGUGCAGGUCAAAGACAAUUAAUGUGUUUGGCCAGAGCUAUAAUACGUAAUAACAAGAUAAUAAUAAUGGAUGAGGCGACCGCAAAUGUUGAUCAACAGACUGACGCCUUAAUUCAAAAAACAAUUCGCAAAAACUUCUUGAGUUGCACUGUAUUGACCAUAGCUCACAGGUUAAACACGAUCAUGGAUUCGGAUAAAGUACUUGUGAUGGAUGCAGGUCAAGCCGUUGAAUUUGGACAUCCGCACGAACUUUUACAGGAUAGCAAUGGUAUUUUCCACGGUAUGUUGAAACAAACUGGAAGAUCAAUGGAGCAAGAGCUCAAGAAUAUUGCAAGGGAAGCUUACGAAUCAAAACAAAUUUCUACAAAACCCAAUGAACAAAUUAUAGCUGCCACUACAAAUGCAACGGAAGAAGAUAAAAAGGACGAUAACUUACACAACAAUGAUUAAAACUUAUUAUCUACUUAAAUGUUGUGAUCUCAUAUUAAUCAGCUAAUGGCAGAAAUUGAAACAAAGUGUGCUUACAAACCAGUGAUACUUAAUA